AGCUGACCAAUCAGAGCUGCAGCACGGGGCUGGUCUGUCCUAGUUCCUACGGUUCCUCCUGGCAGCACGUACGACACUUGAGAUGGUGCAAGGAUGUUUGAAGCCCUCUGGCUUGAGAAGAAGGCCCAGCCGCCGCCCGAACCCGAGUCCCCCGAUGGGGCGGACCAGGACCAGGAGCUGGAGCGGGUGACCGAGCUCUUCCCUCGUCUCUGCCGCCUGGUGAGGGUGGACACGGGCUACGGCUUCAACCUGCACAGCGACAAGGCGCGGCCGGGCCAGUACAUCCGCUCCCUGGAGCCGGGGUCACCCGCCGACCACGCCGGGCUCAGGCCCCAGGACCGGCUCGUAGAGGUGAACGGGAUCAACAUCGAGUCCCUGAGGCACACGGAGGUCGUGGCCUUCAUCAAGAGCGGGGGCGAGCAGACCCGGCUGCUGGUGGUGGACCCGGACACAGACGAGCGCUUCAAGAAGCUGGGCAUCGUCCCCACAGAGAGCCACGUCAAAGGUUAUUACCCACAAUCCCCCAGGCCCUUCUCACCGCCUCCCCUACGGACCGUUUCUCAUGAUUAUGAAGAGCAGCCUGUGACCAACGGCUCCCCGACCAUCCAGGUCAACGGCAGCUCCAUGUCACACUCCACACACUCCACCCAGUCCACACGCUCGGAGCUGAGCACCCCCGACACCAGCAUGCAGGCUGCAGAGGAGGCAGAGUGCCCCCUGCUGGACCCGUUUGUGGAGAGCGGGCUGAGGCUCAGUCCCACGGCAGCAGAGGCCAAGGAGAAGGCCCACGCCAAGCGCGCCAGGAAGAGGGCGCCACAGAUGGACUGGAACAAGAAGCACGAGCUGUUCAGCAACUUCUGAAACCGCGUCAACUCUUCCUCCUCCUCCUCUUCCUCCUCACAGACCACUGCGCCCAGCCCCGCUCUGUGCUCACUCCUAACAGGACUGAAGAGACAUUUUCUACAAUGCGAAGCACCUCAUAGACCUAGCUUCUAAUUCAAUAACUCUCACACACUCUCUCACUCACUCAUUCUCUCGCUCACUCACUCACUCUCUCUCUCUCUCUCUCACUCACUCACUCACUCAUUCUCUCUCACUCUCACUCUCACUCAGCAAGCUAAAUUAUCUCCACAAGGGGAAGCUAUUAGCACUCAAGCAGCUGAAAUUUGGGUUUGCUGCAAGAGCAGUGCUUCGCAUCAAUGAUGUGCGUCAUUGUUUGUAGAAAGUGCAGGUUUCCAGGGAAACUGGGUGUCAUUUCUCUGGAAAUAAAAGAAAAGCAAAGCAAACUCCUCUGGGGGCAAAGACAUGUGACCCAAGCCCACUCCUGCCCCCUGGUGGUAGAUGAAAGGAUAUUCUGACCUCACACAUACCCCAGAUGCACACAUCUGGAGCUGCAGCCCCCCUCCCCGCCCCCAGCGUUCACAAAGGCUGCUUCUGGGCUCCUGUCAUGUCCGCUCAUCUGGAGUUUUCCAGAACAUUUCCUCUCAGUGGGCUUCCCUCUCGGCCAGAACAUCCGUCUCCCACGCUGGCCUGCCAGACAUUCCCCCCAUUACCACCCCCCCCCCGCUGUUAUCUGACCGUGUUAAUAAGCCCCGACACAACAUCACAACGCCCUCCUGGUUCCACGAGAAAAACGUAAAAACAUGCACAAGCCGGAAUCCCAACACCCACAAGCGCUCUUCAGCGAACCGUUUGAGAGUAGGCUGGGGGUAGGGGGACUGUGGGGGAGGUACUUUGCAUUAUAUCCCUGGGUUCAUACACUCAUAGCAUGCAGCCCCAUCCUCCACCCCAAACACGUACAGACGUGAUGUCAGUGUUGGCGUUUGUAAUGGUGACAAAUAUGACAGAUCCCGUUUUAUCACAGCUGUGUUUAAACCCGAGGAGAGAGAGAGGAGGAGGAGGAGGAGGAGGAGGAGGGACACAGAGAUAGACAGAGAGGGAGCACAGCUGUGGCAGUAAUUCCCAUGGGGAUUACAAUUAUGUGCACUUCCACUGCUUGAACAGCAGGGGGAGGCAGAGAGAGAGAAAGGGAGCUUUUUGCCACCUCAUUAUGAACCAGUGACAAAAUGGGACUGGGUCUAAUAAUGACUGAGGAAAGGCACAACUGCUCAGUGUGUAGCGACAAGACUGGGUCACAUGCACACAGACACACAGACCACACAGGCAUUGCUCUGAGUAUCUCUGGCUAGGGGGGCAGUGGGGCUGCUUGGACCUCUGGAACCUCUGGAACAAUCUUGUGGGCAGGAGAGGAGGAUGAUCACAUUCAUGGCUAAUCCAUAGCACCUCUCAUGGUCGCUGGAAUUUAGAAACACAAUGGCAUUGUAGGUGUGAAUUCCCUGCAGAUACUGCACGUUGAGGGAACAUUGAGGGAACGUUGAGGGAACACUGUGAGCAACGUACCCAUCAGCCGCAGGUGAGAACGUUCUAGACUGCUGAAGUGUAACAAUCCCUUGUAUCACAUGGCCCUCUGAUCUCUGUACCAUGCGACUCUCAGGUUUAAAAACAUUUUGGAAGAGAAAAAAAGAAUACAACAUGCAGAAGGAAAGUCCAACUCUUUAAAGCAGUAUUCAACUUUGCCUGCUGUCAGUUUUUGGUCAGCCAUCUUUCUCAUUGCUGGUUUACUUUUUACAGACUUUGUUCUGGUGAUGGGAACCAGACUUACACCACUUAGAGCUGUGGUCCGAUGGGACAGAAAGAUUGGACUUUUGUUAGAGACUGGGAAAUCCCCAUGGCUCAACUUUCCUGCUAAUACAUUACAGUUAUUUAGUGGACUUACACUCGACUCAACUAAGGAGAAAUGUGGGAUGAAGGGCCUUGCUCAAGGCCCCAGCAGCUGUGGAGGCCUGAAGCACCAACCUUUCCAGGUCCCAGUCAAGCAAUAUAGGCCACUAUGUUCUGCAAGACAGCUGUAGGACACACAGAGAACUUCUGGCCGCUCAUGUGAAGGAGGACAAAGCCAUCAUAACUUGUGCUCUCACACAAAAGGCAGGCUAUGACAGAAAUACUUCAUCAGAAGUGCUCACCCCUGGUUACUUAGUCAAAGGGUUUCCUCGAAGGACGGUGAUAUGAAAUAUUUACUUGCAGCAAGACAUACCUUUUAGAGUUUUAAUUCUAAUCCAUAAGAAAUAUGAGCAUAUCUUGAAAAUCAUUUAGCAGACUCACGUUCCAAAAUAACUUGAACUAGUCACCACAGGAACUCUUAACAGGAAACAGGAAGUGCCCACGGAGCCGUGCCUCUUCCUAUCGAUUAAACAGCCUCUGUUCUGCGCCCGAUUCCACUGGAGCUGUGGUGAAAGUGGGUCGUACAUCCGGUCGUCAAACUGAAACUGCCGCCAUGACAGACGUCCGUUUCCUCCUGCAAGGCGCUGUUAUUACAGUUAUUUCAGUUCAUAUUGGUAGCAUUAUAGUCAUGAUACUCAGUUGUGCACCUCCCUGUUUUAAAAGCAGAGAGACUGCCUGGACAUCUGCCUGGACAUCUGUUCACCAUCUUUGUAUUCUGACCCUAGCCCUCACCCUGAGCUCAAUCCUACUAGUCUAUCUGGAUGGAUGUAAUAUUUACAUGAGAACACACCAGCACAGUUUGCAUUUUUUCAAUAAAGUGUAACACCCUUGUUUAUGGAUAUGCUGAGAACAGACUGUUGUUCCUCUCAGCUAAGCUAACACUCAAGAGCUUUGCCCUGUGGACCUCAUUCCCCUGUGGUUUAGCUGUAAUCCACUGACAGUUUCAUCAGAAAAAGGUUUGACAUUGAUAUGAAGGCUUUCAUUACAGAAUAAAGAAUUUCUAUAUUAGAACUUCUGCGUGGCAAUAGAAAGGGUGUAUUCAUGCAAGGGCAAAGACUGUGUGAAUCUAGAUCUUUCUGUAAAUAAUGAUUCACUGCUAAGAAAUGUGCGUUUGUUCUCACUGUCGGACAGGAAAAUCUAUGAGUCAUCGCACAGGGCUCUCCAUCACAAAUAUUGACAGAAAAUAUAAAAUUUAACUGAA